AUGGCAGGUUCAGCAAUAAAAUUACGGCAGUUUGUAGAUUCAGCACCAGAGCUCCCUUCAGGGAUUAUUCAUCAUCAGGGCAAGGAUGUCCUUGGUUAUUACCCAGGGCAACUGGCACGACUUCAUUUUGAAUAUCCUCCUGAAGGGCAGUCAAGACCUUUUACAAAACUGCAGCCAGUUCCAGUAAAACAUGAUAUUGUACCUCAACAUGAUUAUGACUAUUUAAUUCUGAAGCAGUAUAUUCACUACCAGAGGACAAAGAAGAAAAUCCAUGACUGGUAUACACAAACAACAUAUAAAGAAGCAUUUACAUUACCAUUUUACAAAUCAGACAGUGCUGAUAGCUAUCGACCAAGAACAGACGCCGAAUUACUGUCAGUUUGGAAAAGUCCUUCUGCAAAGAAGAAAGACAAAACAAAACCUUCGUUUAUGGGAGUUUGAUAACUUAUUUCAUGCGAGUUGUAAAAACAAACACCUAACAACAAUAUGGAAGAACCACUGAAGACUGCCGUCAACUAAAGUACUAAAGACUACUUCUUAUACUAUAUGGAUA